AUGCCGCCUGACAUCAGCUUCAUCGCGUUCCAUGGAUGGCUCGCCAAUAACGUGAAGAAAUACUUUCCGGAGCUUGACGAGGUCCCACCCGUCGUCUACCUUGACAUGUGGCCGUUCCUCAAGUGCCCGGUCGUGGUGGUCUUCGACGCUGCGGCCUCGGCAAGCUUCAUGGCCGACCGCUCCCUGCGGAAGCACUCCAUCACGAGAGACUUCCUGAGGCCCCUCACGGGUGGUCUGGACAUCUUGUCGUCGUUUGGCGAGCCCUGGAAGAAAUGGCGCUCGACCUUCAACCCGGGCUUCAGUCCACGCAACGUGGUCCUCAUGAUUCCAGAGCUGCUGGAAGAGAUGUUGACUUUUGCCGAAAAUCUGGAGAAGAGUGCCGGCAAGAAUGGUUCAUGGGGGCCAAUGUUCCAGCUGCAGGAAGAGACGACGCAUCUCACCCUGGAUGUCAUAUUUCGUGCUUGUGUUGGCAAGAGGCUUCACGAGCAGACAAGCCCAAGCGGCACCCCGCUCAAGCGCGCUUUGCUGGACCAGAUCCACCUCAUGGAGGCAGGUGGCGAUGUGGCGCGUUCUCUCCUGAACGUGGGCCACAUGCCGUGGCACAAAUGGGCCAUCAACCGAAACAACCGCGUCAUGGAGGACCAGUUCCUGCCGGAUGUGGAGAGGUCUCUCGGCCUCGGAAGCUCGGCUUCCAAAAAGACAACUUUGCUCAACCAAGCCCUCAAGCAUAUUGAAGAGGAAACCGGGCAGAAAAUCGCAAGUGUCAGCACGUUGGACAAGGAGUCAUACCGGUCUCUCAUGAGCAACCUGAAGGUUCUGAUGCUAGCCGGCUUCGAAACCACAUCGGCCAUCUUGUGCUGGAUUUUCAAGGAGCUGCAGGACAACCCCGACUGCAUGGCCAAGGUCCGCGCGGAGCACGACAGUGCUCUGGGUCCGGACCCGGAUAAGGCAGCGGAGAUCCUCCGUGAAUCCCCACAGCUCCUCAACUCUCUUCCAUACACACAGGCUGUCGUGAGGGAGACGUUGAGGAUGUACCCUCUCACGUUCGCAAUCAGAGAAGGGACGCCCGAUUACUUCCUCACCGUGCCCGGCUCCCCGACCCAGUACCCAACCGGCGGGUUUGCCAUCUGGGAUGCCAUCGGCUGGACGCAGCGGAACCCGGCCCUGUGGCAGCGAGCAAACGAGUUUGUCCCUGAGCGGUGGUUGGCGCCACAGGGCGACGACCUUCACCCCCCAAAAGAUGGAUUUCGCUCGUUUGGCAUGGGCCAGAGAGCUUGUAUCGGCCAGGAGCUGACCUUGGUGGAGGCGAAACUGGUUCUCGUCAUGUGUGCCCGCAAAUUUGACAUUGAAGAAGCUUGGGCCGAAUGGGAUGCCAAACAGUAA